UUAGAAAGAGGGGGUUUACAUGAUCCAUCAGUCAUAAAUGGAAGUAAUGCAUCUACAUAAUGCACUUUUCAGCCUGGAUUUUCGAAUAUUCUGGAAUGUGUUCUGUGAUUGUGACGUCAUAGAAGAAGCUUCUGUCAAAGAUUAGGAACAGAAACGCAGCGUUUCAGUGUUUACUUGAACUUUCUAAUCGGCAUGCUGUGUAGCUGAGUUCAGUGCAACAAUGCGACAUUUUGUGAGUUUAGAGCUUUCUCGGGUGGCAGAACUUCCACUGCGCCCCCUGCUGUAUGCGGCCGCAGCUGCAGCUUCGGCCGCGGGAGUUUAUUAUUAUCUCAAUAAUCAUGGCGAUGGCGUGAGGACAACGCUGGACCCCGCAGAUACAACUCCCACCGAAGACCCAGUGCAGAUGGACUCUGCAGAGUCUGAUUUGGUGGAGCCAGACUUGAUGUGUGAUGUGGAUGAAGGCAGUGUGACACAGACUGACAGCACUGUGACACAGACUGACAGCACUGCCUCUGAGGUAACUUUGUCUGAAGCUGAGGAGAAAUAUGAGCUGGAGUCUUGUGCUCGGCUGGAAAACGAGAAGCCCGAACUGCUGUCUGAUGUGAAUGCACUGCAAGACUCAGUGCAGGAAUUGAAGAAAGAGCUCUCUGAAGCCCGGAAAAGGAAUGAUGAGCUAGAAAUGGAGUGUAAUAAAAAAAGUCAGGAGUUGCAGUUGCUGCAGAUCCAGCACAAUGCGAUUAAGACACAUUUACGAAAGGAGUGUGAAGAAGAGCAGCAGGCUCACAGCGAUCUGAAGUCUCAGUACAAUCAGUCGAUGAAAACUUUAACACAGACAGAGGUCUCUCUGGCUGAAGUUGAGGAAAAGAAUGUUUGUGAAAGGUACUCAAAUGAUGAAAUUGUAGAUCAUAUGCUUGAACUGCGAGGAAAAAUCUACCAUGACCAUAAGCGUGAACAAAUGAGGCUGGAAUCUGAGCGAGAGAUCUUGCAGUCACAGUACAAAGAGAUAUUCCAACAGUGUGAUGAGUUACUAAUGGACUGUAAGCGAGAACGGGAGGCUCACAAUAUCCUGAAGUCACAGUAUGAUCAUCUGCAGUGUUGGGAAUCUGAGCGAGAGAUCUUGCAGUCACAGUAUAAAGAGAUAUUCCAACAGUGUGAUGAGUUACUAAUGGAGUGUGUGCGAGAACGGGAGGCUCACAAUAUCCUGAAGUCACAGUACGAUAAUGUGAUAGAAACGUUAACACACAACGAGGAGUUGUUAAAGAACUUCCAGAUCUCCUUGGAUGAAGCUGAGGAAAUAUACUGGCCUGCAAUGGAGUUCAGUACUCAGCUGGAGUCUAACCUCAGUCCAGCAGUAGGAGGAAGAGCUCUGGAAGACACACAAAGUGUGACGAGAUAACAACAGAGCAGAAGCAAGAAUGGGAGGAGCACAGUAUUCUGAAGUUGUAGUACAGAGAGAUGAUGGAAACUGUUAAACAGUGCUAUAAGUUCUAUGAACCCCCAAAAAUGUAUCAAGAGGAAUAUACUUCAAAUAUAUUUUUCUCAUAUGAAUUCAUAAGGGUGCCAAUAAUUGUUGCACAUAUAUUUAACAGAUUUUUUUUAUACACCUGUGUUGUGUUUGCAAUUGUUUGAUAUCUAUGAGAGCAGAGUAUUUUUAUGAUUUUUUUAAAAACAAAAUAUCAAAAGGUUAGACAAUAAAGUACAUUUUUCAAAGCCUUCUUUGCUCAUAUUUACCAAGGGUGCCAAUAUUAGUGGAGGGCACUGUAUAUUCAUUAACAUUUAACAGUAAUGGAGGAACACCACAGAAUGUAAUGAAAUAAAAGUUGUUGAUGACUUUAAUCCCGAAUGAGAGUGAUUAUGUGGAUCAUGAUUGUUGCUAAUACAUGUACAUGCAUAGUUUAGACUUCACAGUUGUUCACAUCUUGCAGAAAAUUAAUUGUAUGUCAUUUCACUUUCAUUUUUAAGAUAAUUGAAAGC